AUGGCUCCACCUUCACGAGGAGCAGGAGAGAGUGGAGUUGCGAGCCCUGCAGCGGCACACUUGUCGGAUUCUGGAACAUCUUCGAGAGGCGUGCCUCUUGCCAGUACACAUUACUUUGACCCCCGGCCGAACUAUGGUCCGAUCAGUGCCCACAGUAACAACAGCACCAGUAGCGGCGCCACCACUGCUGCGACAAGUAACAAGGACAAGAAGAAGAAGCACAACAAGAUCCAGUCGUCAAUUUAUCAUCAGAUGGGAAUUGGCGGCUUGACACAGACCCCGCGAUCGUUGCCGUAUUCUGAUUACCUUCUCCCGUAUAGUAAUCGCCCAACUGCCCCAUUAUCACGGGCGGCAACGGGAGCUGCGAUUGGAGCAUCACCGGACCAAGGUCAGGGAUGGUCAACUGCAGGACCUCUCCCACCACCAUCAACUUCAUCUUCAACCUUCCCGUCGUUUCACCUUCGAAAGAGUCAGAGUGUAGGCAAAUCGAAUGGGACAAAGAAGGGCAUCAAGAGUCCGUUCAAGAAACUCCGGAGGAAGCAAGGGUCUAAUUCUUCUACCUCCCGCGACCCACACCAUGCGCUCGCCUUUAUCACCAGCGCCAGUGGCGAGAGUGACUCUGAAGCCGGUAAUGAUAACGAGCAGGAAACAACAUUCAACGCAAGAGGCAUGAUGAGCCGCUUCGGAACAGGGAUGUCCGACAACACCAAUAACAGCAGCAGUAGUACGACCACAAAAUCGAAACCGCGGCAUGCAGCUGCACUCUUUGACGCUGGACUGCCUCAUCAUCCAUUCCGGAACCUCUCUUUCAACUACAACCAUAAUUCAGGAGGAUCCAGAAGUAAUAAGGGUGGAGGAGCUGUAGGAGUCGAAAAUGGAGGAUCGGGAGAAGGACAACAACAGCAACAGCACAAAGAACCUUCUGCUGCUCGGUUCAAAGAUUUUUUCAAGAACGUUGGCUCUUAUCAUGGACACCACCACAGUCAUUCGCAGUCUAUGUCAGCAGCAGGAUCUCCAACCAUGCAUCCAGCAUCGUCACCAUCGCCACCAUGGGAUCACUACUAUCCCUCGGUGGGAGGAGCAGGAGGAGCACCCGUGACUGGGCUAAUGAAAUCUUUCCAGACCCGGGGUACUCUCCCACGGCUCGAUUUCCUCUCUGGCGACGACCAGCCAUCCAGUACGCCUCGAUUCCGGAUCCCAGGGCCAGGACGGCGCAAGAAGAGGUUCUCCAAAAAAUUCAGUUCCACGGGAGGCUAUGCGCCUGCAGCAACUGACGACGAGGAUUCUCCUGCCCAUGUCCGAUCCGCAACCACGAUGUUUUCGGGAAGCGGCGGUCGUCAGAGGAAUCAUACCCAUCAGGACGAUGUUGGCCCUCGGCGUCAGCAGAAUCAUCAUCAACACCAUCGGUUCUUGCCUAACUUCCACUAUCGACAGCGGAGUCGGUCCUUUGAUGAGGGGAGUAGCCGGGAUGUUGAGAUCACCUGGAGACUGCCGGCAACACCUGUAAGGUCGGAAGAAGGACGUUCCAAUAUCUCGCCGGCUCUGCGAGAGGCGCAGAGGAAGAAUCCGGAUCCGGGCGUGCUUUUGGUUGAACUGGAGCCUUUGCCGACCAGAAUCGUGCAUGACCUGGCCGCCAUCAAAUCACGCCAUCAUCAGCAUCACCAUCAACACAAUGGGUCUCAAUCACUGUCAUCAGGCAGUCCCUUGAACAACUUUAUGGUCCCCUCGUCAACAAAUGCCUCUGGAUUUGGAUCUGCAACCUCAGGACCCACAGCAACCCACAACAACUCUCAGAACUCGAGUUUCUACAACCCACAAAUGAUGACCCCCCUCUUACAACUUCAACUUCAGGAACAGCAACAACAGAAACAACAACAUAAUGAACAACCACUCAUCCGACCAAAGGCAGAUCCAGCCGCCAUCUUCUGCACGAAAUCAUUCCUCUUCAAGUCGUACCAGAGCUCCAGAUUCAGAGGCCAUUACGUCUUCCGGGUGGUGGGGGACCAACUCGAAUACAGGCGACUACCUAACGCUCUGGAAGAGUCCUGUUCGCAGUAUUUCCGGACGGCGGAUGUGACGUACCGAUCGCUGGAACGGAAAGCCAAGGCUAUUCGGGAAGAACGGGAUAAGCGCAAGCGAAACACUUUGCGGUCUCAGUCUCAACCCCAGCUUUUGCACCACCGCCAACAACAGCUGCAGCUCCAGCACCAGAAUUCUCUCCCUCUGUCGGCCAAGCUUACACGGACCAAGAGUCAGGACCGGGAUGAGUUUUAUGGCACAUCCACUUCAGAUCGGUCGGUGGCGACGUUGUCGAGUUUUCUGAAGGAAGGCGGUGGAUUGAGCCAGGGGGACAGCGGUGGGUUCUUGGGUGGUGGUAGUUAUGCUAAUAAGCGACGGAGUUUUGGUGAUGAUGUCCUGAGAUCCGCCGUCCCUUGGGAUUACUACAACCCUUCUUUCUCCUCAAUUGCCAGUACACCCAUGCCCACUGAAGUCUUGAGCGACAGCUCUAUCAGCAACUCGACAAUAUUCACAGGACGAUCAUCGCGUUCUUCGCGCGGUGGAGGAAACUCGAGCUACGCGAACCAACGGUACAACGCUGUGGAUAGCAACAAUGCCCUUGUUCGGACCUUCCUCGGAAGAUCAAGAACCGGAACAGAUCGGAUUCUCAAGUCAGACCCCUUGGUGGUGAUGAACCCAUACGCAGCAGCCGCAGGAAUAGUGUCCUUCCAGUCUCCAAAGUCCGCGGCCGCUAUAGCUCGACCACCCCUGUCGCGGAACAAGACGCGAUCAUGGUCGAGUAUCAAGGAGGAACAACGACGACAGGAGGAAGAGGAGGAGAACCGGCUCAUGGAGUCGGAACGCAAGUUCCGCGAGGAGUUGGAGCAGGCGAUAUAUGGAUUGGAAUUAUAUCUGGCAGAGAUUCUGAGAGGACUUGAGUAUGAGCGCUUUGAUGCCGUGGCCGAUGUCCAAGUCGUCGACGAAAACCGCGACACGGCGAUCUUUACACUCUACAAUGGCGACAGGACGAACAUCAUGUCUUUGGAGUCCCCCUCAACCAAGCUCAAAUACGAGUUCAUUAAUCGCAUCGCCAUCAGUCUCAUGGGCCACGAAGAAGCAGAGCAUGAUGCCUUUUGGGAAACAGAGCCAAAGGAUACAGGCCGCCACCACCUCAACUCCUUCCUCCACAUGUCUACAGGAACGUUACGUGACCGUUCCGAAGACACUACCGAGGACGCGGACUUGUUGUUUGAUAUGAUUGAUAUUCGGCUACAACAGCAGGAGGCCAAGCUUCGGUCGAUGCGUGAGAAUAUCCAGAGCACGAUGAAUGAGAUUGACAGCUGUCUCUCGCAACUCGAUCAUCUCGAUGAACGUGCCAAGAAAAUGAUGACGACGAUGAUUACAGCGAUUGAUAGCCACGAGAUCCAGCUUUCGCUUCGACCCUCACCCUCGACGGGACUAACGCUGGCAGAGACUGUUGAAGCCAAGCUGCGGGAUGUCAACGAGCGGAUCGUUAUCUGUACCCGUAUCAUGGGCGCCGCUCGCCAGAACUUGAACCGCUUGAAGUACGAGAUUGAGCUAGAACAACGCUCGAUCCGGCUAUUUAGGCAAUACAAGAUCAUUAUCGCCGUCAUAUCAGGAUCCAUCGUCUUCCUGGUCUGGUUCUUGUACCACGCUCGAGCAUCCGCCUUGGCACCUCAACCGGCCUCCCCGCUCUUCUCAACGCCCCCGAACCCCUUUGAAGAGAUCUAUAACUUCCAUCAUGGCGAACCUCCCAUACUGCCGUCUCCGGCUUCGACGCUUGGGUUUACGUCCUCCAAGAUUGUAGUGGCGCCUUCUGCGUCUACCCCUACACCUUUUCCUCAUCCUUCAGCUUUUUCCUCGGUGGAGAGGGAUGGUGGUGAGAGCACGGCGGUUGACAGUGGUGCAAGGAUGGGCUCUGAGGGCAGCGGUCAAAAGUCUUGUUUCCAAGCUGAUGAUGAGACUGGCAGGAACAGCAACAGCAAGAACGAGAGUCCAUUUGACUUCCUAGAGCAAGGCCACCUUCUAGCAGAUCUAGACCUCCAAGAUGAAUUCGACGCGACCACCGCCAUUCUUGACCACAACGAACUCUGA